AUGGCGGUGAUUGAUGGUGCAAGACGAUGGGCAAGAGAUGCUGCGUUAAAUGCUAUCCAGUCACCUUUACUGGAUAUUGGUAUCGAGAGGGCUACUGGAAUUGUUUGGAACAUAACUGGGGGGACUGAUCUGACCUUGUUUGAGGUAAAUGCGGCAGCAGAGGUUAUAUAUGACCUUGUGGACCCUACUGCUAAUUUAAUAUUUGGAGCAGUAAUAGAUCCAUCACUCACUGGCCAAGUGAGUAUAACAUUGAUUGCAACUGGAUUCAAGCGUCAAGAGGAGAGUGAAGGGAGGCCCCUGCAGGCAACUCAACUCACUCAGGCAGACACUAGCUUUGGCAUCAAUCGUCGAUCUUCCUCUUUCACUGAUGGUGGUUUGUUUGAGAUACCUGAAUUCCUAAAGAAGAAAGGAGGUUCACGCUAUUCUAGGGCUUAA